GCUGGCAUGACGAAGUAUGCGCUGGGGAUGAGCGACGUGCUGGAAGUUACCUGCAUACACGCUACUCGCCGAUGACUGCUCGAGUCUCCACUCUUUUGCCCACGCACCAAGUGCCUCUACUAUGAACCUUCCACGCUCCUAUACCACCAGGACGGCUUUCGACACUGCAUCUGACGAUGAGUUGUAUUCUGCAUGUCCUGACAGACCUCAUCUUGCAAAUACCUGGGCCAUGCAGCUGUGCGAGGCUCCCUUGAACUUCUUUGAUCUCCCUUUCGACGCAAGCGUUGCACGUUACGACCUGCCCUCAGGCUUGUCACCCAGGUCUCCAGAAGCGUCAGCGAAUGCCUUCGCCGUUGCUGCCAACGUCGGGAUGAGCUCGUUGCAGAUCCCGCCCCCCGCUGACGCAUCUCUACGACGCGCUUCGUCAACGCCCUCGCCUGGCAGCGAUAAGCCUUUGAACAGCCCGAGCUGCAGUGCAAGGCUCGAGUCGCCUCCGCACGUAACAACUGACGCCGGGCCGACACCUAAGCGCCGGAAAAAGAAGCGCGGUUGGCCUGAACUCGAUCUGAUCGCCAACGGCGUCUCGGGCGUAUCAGCCGAAGACCAUUAUUGCACGGCUCCCAUCCCGCACAACAAAGUGGAGCGCAAGUACCGCGAGGGCUUGAACACCGAACUGGAGAGACUGCGAAGAGCCGUACCGAUGCUGCUGCAGAGCCACGGUGGGAGUGGCGUUGGCCAACCAAAGCCUAGCAAGUCCAUGGUGAUUGCCGCCGCGAUCAAUUACAUCGAGAUGGUUACGCAAGAGCGCGAUAUGCUGCAAAACGAGAACGACGCGAUUAAAGAGUAUCGAAAGGAGACUAGCAAACAUCGGGACGGGAUGCAGGAGGAAAUAGGCGAGAUCCGAAAAGAGAAGAGCGCUUUGAAUGGUGGGCGGUGGUCGAAGAAGCGGCGAGUGGGACCUGGUUCUGAGUGAGCCGAUUGUUAACUGUUGUGGCAAGCAUUGAUUUCCAGAUCCUGCCUGCCCACUAAUUAAUGGAGGUACUUAUGAGAGCGUACCAUCUGCGCUUCUCAAAUUCUCAAAGUAAUAAGCAAAUGACACCACUUGCUGGAGGCUUUGAGAUCUGCACUGCUCUCUCCAGAGCACGUAGUCUAUAGAGCUGUCGCGUCCCCAAAUUCGUCGGAGGACGCAGAGUGAUCAUAACUAGGCCCGUCUCUAUAUUAAGCGUUCAACUGCAGCAAGUGUGCUAGAGAGAAGAACUUGUGCGGUGGAGUUCGCAUCGACUCUGAUGAGUUGGCAGCGGAUCUUGUCUGCACCAAAUACAAACAAUUACCACCCAGCGAUGGUUGCAUAAUACGGGGUAGCCUCGGAUGCGACAGCGACCUCCCCUCCUAGUAACGCA